UCUCUAGACAGACUGGGGGUCUGCUCAUUUGCAUGUCAUUAGCUAUGCAGGCGGCCAGCUCCAUAUAAAGAGGCAGGCGGCCAGCCAGCGGCAGAUAGAGCAGAAGAGGGCAGGACACCAGGACUGAGCAUAGCCUGAUCAGAACAGGACUGAACAUAGCCCCCGAUCAGGACUAAGCAUAGCCCGAUCAGCACUGUGCAUAACCCGAUCAGGACUGAGCAUAACCCGAUCAGGACUGAGCAUAACCCGAUCAGGACCAGGACUGAGCAUAUUCCGAUCAGGACUGAGCAUAACCCGAUCAGAACUGAGCAUAACCCGAUCAGAACCAGGACUGAGUAUAUUCCGAUCAGGACCAGGACUGAGUAUAACCCGAUCAGAACCAGGACUAAGCAUAUCCCGAUCAGGACUGAGCAUAUCCCGAUCAGAACCAGGACUGAGCAUAUCCCGAUCAGGAGAAGUCAGCACACACAGCGCACACACCUCACCUGCCUGCCUGCUGGGAUUAUCGGAGCUCCGGAACUAUACCGCUCCCAUCGGGUGCUUGGCUUUUCUCUGGAUUGUUUGCCUAUUACUGGGUUCCUAUGGAGAUCUAGGGGCCAGACAAGGUGGGAUUCUUCUAAAGGUGGAUGCUAAAGGACUUCGAUCUUCACCUAGCGCCAGUCUCCACCUUUUCUGCCAUUGACAAGCUCGGUGUCACCCAAUGAAAGGGCGUUUCUAGCCGGGAGGAGAAGACAUUUGAAGGGAAAGCAGAGCCGGUGCAGCAAUCUAAGCUGCGCUCUCCAUCCACCACCUACCGCACCCUACAGGCACCUACCAUGGGGGUCCACCAAGCCGCACUUUGCCUGCUCAUCGUCUCUGCGCUGCUAGCCCAGAUCUCUUGCUCUGGGCUCUUCGAGUUGAAGCUGCAAGAGUUCGUCAAUAAGAAAGGUCCUAUUGGGAACGUGAACUGCUGUCGUGGUGGGAUGUCCGGCUCUCAGGGUUUGCAGCAAUGCGAAUGCAAGACUUUCUUUCGGAUCUGCCUGAAGCACUACCAGAGCAACGUGUCCCCGGAACCCCCUUGUACCUAUGGCAGCGCCGUGACCCCAGUGCUGGGCUCCAACUCCUUCAGCGUCCCAGACACCGUCAGCUCAGACCCAAGCUUCACCAACCCCAUCCGAUUCGCCUUUGGAUUCACCUGGCCUGGUACUUUUUCCCUCAUCAUUGAAGCACUGCACACCGAUUCAGCAGAUGACCUAAGUACAGAAAACCCUGAGCGCCUUAUCAGCCGCCUUGCCACCCAGAGACACCUGACAGUUGGCGAAGAGUGGUCUCAGGAUCUGCACAACAGCGGCAGAACGGAACUCAAGUACUCCUAUCGCUUUGUGUGUGACGAACACUACUACGGAGAAGGGUGCACCGAUUACUGCCGCCCCAGGGACGAUGCUUUCGGACACUUCUCUUGCGGCGAAAAGGGAGAGAAAGUCUGCAACCCCGGCUGGAAGGGACAGUACUGCACUGAACCGAUCUGCCUCCCUGGAUGUGACGAACAACAUGGCGUUUGUGAAAAACCUGGAGAGUGCAAAUGCCGCGUAGGUUGGCAAGGCCGCUACUGCGAUGAAUGCAUUCGUUACCCAGGUUGCCUGCAUGGUACAUGCCAACAGCCUUGGCAAUGCAACUGCCAAGAAGGAUGGGGUGGACUGUUUUGUAACCAAGACCUUAACUACUGCACUCACCACAAGCCUUGCAAGAACGGAGCCACCUGCACCAAUACUGGCCAGGGAAGUUACACUUGCUCUUGCCGUCCGGGCUAUACUGGAUCCAACUGUGAGAUUGAGAUCAACGAAUGUGACGCCAACCCUUGCAAGAAUGGAGGAAGUUGUACGGACCUGGAAAAUAGCUAUUCCUGCUCAUGCCCACCUGGAUUCUAUGGCAAAAACUGUGAGCUCAGUGCCAUGACUUGUGCUGAUGGACCAUGCUUCAAUGGAGGCAGAUGCACAGAUAACCCAGAUGGUGGAUACAGCUGCCUUUGCCCAGUUGCCUACUCUGGCUUCAACUGUGAAAAGAAAAUUGAUUACUGCAGCUCCAAUCCUUGUGCCAACGGAGCUCGCUGUGAGGACCUUGGAAAUUCCUACAUUUGCCAGUGCCAAGAAGGCUUCUCUGGGAGGCACUGUGAUGACAACCUGGAUGACUGCGCUUCCUUCCCCUGCCAAAAUGGUGGCACAUGCCAGGAUGGGAUUAAUGACUAUUCAUGCACCUGCCCUCCAGGGUACACAGGGAAAAACUGCAGCAUGCCUGUGAGCAAAUGUGAACACAACCCAUGCCACAAUGGGGCAACAUGCCAUGAGAGAAGCAAUCGUUAUGUGUGCGAAUGUGCUCGUGCUUAUGGUGGACUUAAUUGCCAGUUUUUACUCCCUGAGCACACCAAUGUUGGUGAGUCUGCCGAUAAGUUAACGGAAAAGGUCAACGGACAUUUUCCAUGGAUUGCAGUGUGUGCUGGAAUUAUCUUGGUGUUACUGUUACUGCUAGGCUGUGCUGCGGUAGUCGUUUACAUGCGGCUUAGGGUACAGAAGAAACGGCAAAUGCCUGCCACCUCUCGCGGUGAAACCAAGACUAUGAAUAAUCUGGCCAACUGCCACCGUGAAAAGGACAUUUCUGUGAGCAUCAUAGGCACCACUCAGAUUAAAAACACAAACAAAAAAGUAGACUUUCUAAGCGAAAGCAACAAUGAUAAAAAUGGCUACAAGCCAAGAUACCCAACUGUGGAUUACAAUUUAGUGCAUGAACUGAAAAAUGAGGAUGCAGCUAAAGAAGAACGGAGGAAAUGUGAAGCCAAGUGCAGCUCGAGUGACUCAGAUUCAGAAGAAACGCACUCAUCACAUUUAAAAAGUGAUCCUUCAGAAAAAAGGAGGCCAGACUCGAAUUACUCCUCUUCGAAAGACACAAAAUAUCAGUCCGUAUAUGUCAUAUCAGAUGAAAAAGAUGAAUGCAUCAUAGCAACUGAGGUGUAAUACGGAAGCUGUACAACACAUUCUUGUCAUAUUCAGAGGUGACGCCCAUGUGAAUGCUGCUGAUAAUAGAGGAGAGGGGACAUCCCUUUGUUGACUGCUGCUGAGACACUAAAUUCAGACCGAGCUGGUUCUCUACUGAAGUUAGCAAAAAUGACUGCAAAAACAAAAUGGACACUACAAGCUAGCCUCUGUGUCCGGACACAAAACUGUUGCACUGCCGUUUCAGUUCUUCUUCAUUGCACUAUGGACAGUUGCUUUUUUUUUUUGUCUUUUUUAAAAUAAUUAUUAUAAAAUAUAUAUAUAUAAAUAUAUAAAUAUAUAUAUUUAAUGAAUUGACUUCUAUGAGUCUGCAGAAGAUGAGUGCACUGCCUGAGGUGUAUAGUUGAAUUCUAUGAGCCGCUCCGUUGCUAAACUCCAGACACUGCCUUCCUUAGUCUUUUUUAUACUGAAAGGUGUUUUUCACUAGGUCAAAAAAUGUGUGUUAUUUUUUGAACUUGUAAAACUAUUUUUACGAUAUUUGUAAAGCUUGAGUAUUUGUGAUGUUCAUUUUUUAUAAUUUAAAAAAAAUGGUAAAUAUGUAAAAAGGCACUUCGGGUCUAUGUGACUAUAUUUUUUUGUAUAUAUAUGUAUUUAUGGAAUAUUGUGCAAAUGAUAUUUGAUUUUUUCUACUUUUUUUGUUAAUGAAGGAAUUCAUUUUUAAACUAUUUUUCCAAAAUAAAUAUUAUGAAUGAUA